CCUGUAGCUGAUGUGUGUGCUGCUAGAUCACAAAUAUUCGGCUUUCACUAAUCUUCACAAACUUCUCUUUAACUUCAGUAUUUUUUCCUCACUUCCACUUUUUUUGGGGUGGGAUUUACCGGUGCAUUUUACAGGUGUUAAGCGGGGCUUAGAGUCCGAGUAACCGUUUGUUUGUCCUCCCGAAGUUCAGUUAGACGAUGAACCAAACUGACUUGCGGAGACUUUUUGCGGCGUGUGAUGGGAAUAGGUCAGGAAGGAUUGAAUUCGAGGAUUUCACCAAUGUUUGUACUGAGCUUAAUGUGCCCGCUGAAGACAUAAGGACUUUGUUUAAGAAGUUCGACCUGGAUGGAGACGGAUACAUCAAUUUCAACGAUUUUUCGUCGAGCUUUCGGGAAGUAUCCGAAGCGUUGAAUCUGGCUUUGUUGGGCAGCAGUUUGCAAAGUCAAAGAAGUGCUUGGGAUGAAUUUGAAAACACGUUAGAUGGAGAUGUGGCCUAUUAUUUGGGAAGGCAGUUGGACUCAUUGAGUGAGUUGUAUGAACAGAUCCACUCCACAUCAGAUGAGCAGCUACUGCAGCAGUAUGAGGAUCUCAUUAAGAGUUUCGUGGCCGAAAGCAGAGAGCACAGAAUGGAGAACGAGCAACUGGAGACCAGUCUCAGGAGGACAGAGGAACUGACCAGCAGUCAGUUUGCAGAGAUGGAGGAGGACCUGCAGCAGCACCUGGCCCGCACAGAGGCAAGAGUUAGAGAAGAGGAGCGAAGGAAAUGUGACGAAUCUGUUGCAGUACUCCAAAUCAAGCAUGAGAAUGAGCUGGCUGACCUGCAUGCUGCGAUAGAGAGUCUCACAAAGGAAUAUCAAGAGCAGUCGAAAUUAACCAGCCCCAGAGAAGAUGCCAUCAGAUUAAGAUCACAGAUUAGAGAUUUAAUGCAGGACAAUGAAGAAUUAAGGAACUCCCUCAUGAAAGCCCAGAUGAACGUCUCCAUUCUCCAGGUGGAGUUGGACAGAUUGAAGAACGCAUUCACUGAGCAAAAUCUUCAACACGAGAGGGAAAGUGAUGAACUGAAAAAAAUGGUGAUUGAAUACCAGUCUUACUCGAGUCAUAUCGAAAUUCUGCAGGAAAUGAACAAGAAGUUGUACGACAGCAAUGAUGGGUUACGCUCUACUCUGACUCAGGAUAACGCCUCUACAAAAAGACGGCUCUCACCCAGAAAUGAAGUUCCUCCGAGGAAGAUGAAGCCGCUUCGACAGAGCACAAUGAACCAGGGCAGUUUCGCAGAGGAGGACACUAUGGUCCUGGUUAAGAAUUGGGCUGAUAGAUAUUUGGAUAGUGGAGUUUCCAUUCAGACUGACACGGAGCCAAUGUCAGCCAGCGAUUAUGACAGUGACGACAGCCAAGAGACGGCACAUCGUAGCUACUCUUAUAUUCCAUCAUCUGAGCUGGAGGUUUCAGACCUGAAAUCUGAAGGUAUGGGAUCUGUAGCUCGUAGCACAGUUGGCUCAAUAACCUCUUCGCUUCGGCGACGACUGUCUGCUUUUCCUGUCAAGCAAACUGAAACUCAGCUUCAUGACACUGAGGAUCUGGCUCCAGUGUACCGUCUGGUGUUAGCUGGGGAUGCUGGGUCAGGAAAAUCCAGCUUCUUACUACGACUGAGUCUCAAUGAAUUCAAAGGAGAUAUACAGACAACUCUUGGUGUUGAUUUUCAAAUGAAGAAGAUGUUGGUUGAUGGUGAGAAAACAAACCUUCAGAUCUGGGACACUGCUGGACAGGAAAGAUUCCGCAGCAUUGCUAGGUCAUAUUUUCGCAAAGCACAUGGAGUGCUGUUGUUGUACGAUGUCACGUCUGAGAGCAGUUUUCUAAACGUCCGUGAAUGGGUGGAACAGAUUCGGGAGUCAACAGAUGAAGACAUCCCCAUGUGUGUGAUCGGGAACAAGGUGGAUUUGAGGGCCGAGAGGCCAGAAGGAAGCUGUGUGACUGCUUUUCAUGGUGAAAAACUUGCUAUGACAUACAAUGCCAUGUUCUGUGAGGCAAGUGCAAAAGAGGGAACAAAUGUUAUAGAGGCAGUUUUACAUUUAGCAAGAGAAGUAAAGAAACACGCAAAGCUGAGACGGCGGUCCCAAUCACAGGUUAAGCUGAGUCUUCACAAUCGAAGGAAGACACUGAACAACUGCUGUGGAGUUUAAGUUUUGCUGGUCAUUACUCUAAAAUGCCCAGAGAUAACAGGUUUACUUGACACAAAUUAGUAUUUUAAAGUCGGUGCUUUAGUAAAGGUACCUUUUUAAUACUGUUUGUAGUGGUAAUUUUACCCCAUGAAGUCAUUCGUCAUUUGAAGAAUUUUUGCAAAAUAAACCUUUUUAUAGAGCUGGUCACUUUUAAGCAAUUUUAAAAAUGUCUUUACUUUGUUUUGUAGUUUAGUUUGUCAAAGUGUUUAAAGCUCACUGAUCAAAUGUAUAACGGUACGUUUGCCUUCAAAUGAUCAAAAUUCAC